AUGAGAACGGUUAGAAUUUGGCGGUCGAUCGGAGUCUGGGAGAGGUGGGGGGUGGAGGAGUCCUACCCCCCGUGGUGGGCCCUGACCUACUUUCCGUCGCCGCCCUAUCGUACGCAUGAGGUCACUGUACUGCAGUUGCAAGCUUUCGAACACCGCAAAGGUGAUUGUACGAAACGAUCAAAUCUAUCUAGACGUUUAGUUGGCAAUUUCCCACCCUUUGGCGGAAGAAUUUUAUCGAACCUAGAAAAGGAAAACCUAUUUUCUGAAGAAGCCAAGCAUUGGAAUAUCUAG